AUGUUUAGGCGCCCGAGACAGACUGAGCCUGGCAGGCUCUCUAUGAGACUUGUCAAAACACUUCAACCUCUCGCUGUGAUUCCUUGGGGAGCGCUCGCCAUGUGGUAUCUAGGGGUCCCUAUUGCCGUUGGGGCCCCCAUGGUUGUGGUACAAGACGAUGACUACGCAGACGCUAUUGAAAGGCUUGAGAGCGCAGGAUUCGGCCGAAGUGUCCCAAAACGCGGCCCUCCUCCCGAAAUUAUAGAAGACCAUCCAAACCCACAGCAGGUUUUGGAAGAAAUAAAUGCUGGCUACAAACGCUUGGACCGGUCUUGUGCAGUAUUUGAUUAUCCGCAGGGUGAUCUAGCAGAAAAGGCCUUGCAGGUAUACGUGAUUCCGAACUCCUUUGCGCAUAUUUUCCAAGAAGAUAUACCCCGCUCUUUGACUAGAAUAAAAGAUACAGCGCGGUUUCAAAGUUACGGCAGUCUGUACUAUCCACUAGAACAGGCACUAGUGGAAAGCUUUGUUAGGGCUGCAAUUGACGAAGAAGCAGACGCUGGUUUUUCUGCGUGGGGCGAAUCACUGAGGUCUUGGGUAUCUCUGAUGACAGGUUACCUAGAGGUUGACAACGAUGUCCUCGAUCUAUGUCCGGAUAAACAAGCAGUGGACUGGUAUAGUCAUAACUUCGGUCGAAUUCAUGAGGCCAAUUUCGGUCCCAUUGACCGACGCAUUUCAAAACGUCUAGGCUCAGGAAAAGAGAUGCCAAUAGAUAUGAGGGGUAAUCCUCUUUGA